GCCGCGGGGCUGAGCGGCCUUCCCACGGCCCCGUGCCGCAGGGCGGGGCCACGAACGUCGCUUUCAGCGACGAGGUGUGAUUCUGCCGUGCUGCCGCGGUGCGGUCCGGCGGGCGGCGGUCGCGGCUGGGCUAUGGGGCGGUGAGGCGCCGUGGGUGCCCCGGACUGCGUCCGUCAUGGCGGUGGGCGGGGCCUUGUGAGCUCGGUGCGGCGCUGGGCUCUGAGGGAUGGCGGCGAUCGCGCUCGUUCUCCUGCUGUGCGGUGACUGCGGCCGCUCGGGGAGCUGUGUCCCACACCGCGGUGUUUUUGAUGUACUGCUAUGUAAUGCCGUCAGAGUACGAAGCAGAACAGCAUCCGUUUCCAGACAUCCCUGAAUCAGCGCAGAAAUCUAUGAGUUGGGAAGCAGGAAUGUUGCAGCCAUUCUGUACAGAACAGUUUUACUCAUCCCCUGCAACUGAUGCAGUUGUCCAACAGUUGCUUCCCACACCUGAGGCAGCCCCCCUUCCAGAAGCACCUGAUCCAAAAACGUGUUCUCCUCAAGCAUAUUUAGAGUACUACAUAUUUCCAGUACUCUUACCCGGAAUGACUGAACUUCUGCAUCAAGCAAAGAAGGAAAAGUGCUUUGAGAGAAAAAGGACCAAAUUUAUUGCCUGUGAUUUCCUAACGGAGUGGUUAUACAACCACAAUCCAAGGAGGAAAGAUGAGUCAUUCACAGAGUUCUUUUCUAUCCCUUUUGUUCACGACUGGCUAAAGAACCAUCCCAGGCAACCAUUGCCUCUGUCUUUCUUCCUAUCAGAAGAAGAAGCAAGCAUAAUAAUUCAGGCAUUCUGGAGAGGUUAUCGGGUCCGCUGUGAUAGGGAAGUACAGGAGCUGCGUCAGUGGCAAAAGCAGUUGAGAGAUGAAAAAAUCAUUUUUCAAAGAGUAGAAGAGUUCUGGGCUAGGCAGGAAGCCAAAGCUUCCAUCCAAAGCGGAGACCUUUGAAGUUGCUGCUAAAACACAUGGAGGGAAAUACCUUCCUGACCCAGCGCUGUCACACGAGUGCUCUUCUCCUUCAUCCCUGCUCUACAUCCAGCGGAAACAUCAAGACC